AUGGUCCUCUAUUAUGGAGCUGGGGCUGCAACCGUGUCGCUCCUCGUCAUAGGAGGGUACAUGCUGUUCCAUGGUGACGGUGAACAGUUCAAUGUUGGCCACUUCCUCGAGUCCGUUUCACCAUACGCCUGGGCAAAUAUUGGUAUUGCUUUGUGCAUAGGGUUGUCUGUUGUUGGAGCAGCAUGGGGUAUCUUCUUAACAGGCUCUUCGAUUGUCGGCGGAGGUGUCAGAGCGCCACGGAUUCGGACAAAGAAUCUGAUCUCUAUCAUUUUCUGUGAAGUCGUCGCUAUCUACGGAGUUAUCAUGGCUAUUGUGUUCUCAUCGAAACUCAAUCUUGUCGAGGGCGACGAGAUCUUUUCCGGCAGCAAUUAUUACACGGGUUAUGCACUCUUCUGGGGAGGUAUCACAGUGGGCGCAUGCAAUCUGAUCUGUGGUAUCUCUGUUGGCAUCAACGGAAGUGGUGCAGCUCUGGCAGAUGCUGCUGACCCGACCUUAUUCGUCAAGAUCCUCGUCAUCGAGAUUUUCAGCUCUGUCCUCGGUCUCUUCGGUCUUAUUAUCGGCCUUUUGAUUAGUGGAAAAGCGACAGACUUCGGGGCUUAA